UCUUGGGUUACAACAAACAAACUCAUCGAAGAAGAAUGGGGAAUUGCAGCAGCUACCGGGUCGUGACCUCGGCAGUGGACGAUGAGGAUCGGGGAUUGGUGGAGCCAGAGAGUGUCCAGCGGUGCACCCAAGGAAAGGCGAGGAGGGCCUUGGAGAAUCUCAAGGAGAAGGCUAAUUGCAGAAAAGAGGAUGGAGAGCUCUCUUCUAGAGUGGUCAAGAUCAAGAUCACCAGGAAGCAACUGCAGGAAUUGCUGAGGCGCGCUGACACACAAGGCUUGUUAGCCCCCCGCCACGCCCUCCUCGCCGAUGUCGUCAGCAGAGGAGUCGUCGGCCAUGCGCGUCGAAGCCGGAAGUGGAGGCCGAGACUGCAGCGUAUACCGGAAGUAGCCGAGCAUGAUGAGAUCGAUACAUAGUUUCACCGUGAAUAUAUAUAUAAAUCAAUGCAGAUAAGAAGUCCCAUCAGGUUAUACAAAUGGUGUAUAUGAAGAAUAUAUCGUGAGAAAGGAGGGAUGGUUUUGCCAUUA